AUGAUCAACACCUACCAGAGCAGCUUUGGAAAACCACCACCACCGCUGCCUCCACGCCAACAUGGUGGUCUUCAGCCGGUGGUCUUCAUGCAGCCAACAGCCAGCAAGAACCUGACCUGGUUCUUGGUUUCUGUGAUGAUCCUGCAGGUCCUGCUCACACUGGGAGGCUUCGUGUUCCUCUACCACACGGAGAGGCGUCCAUCACCUGAAGGAAAAGCCGAUUUUCAGUCAUCGGAGAAGCUGCACGGUUCCUCCAGAACGUUGGCCCGCAUGACGCUGGAGAAACCAUCUCAGCCUGCACUCAGAAGAUCAGGUUACCUGCAGUGGGACCUGAAGCACUCAGUGAGGAGGAACAUCAACUACUUCUACCGCAGCAGCUGCUUGACUAUCCUGCAGCCCGGGGACUACUUGGUGCUCUCCCGGGUGACCUUCUCCAGGCGAGACCCCCACACCCCCCUGGCCAGCUCCGUCAAGCUGAGGCGUGGUGGUGGUGGUGGUGGUGAUGGUGGUGAGGAGGUGGAGGAGGAGGAGACGGUGGCCAUGCGGGCUUACUGCAGCCUGGCUGGGAGCGGGUCUGACCCCCAGAUGUGCACCGCCUCCCAGGUGGAGGUGAUGUCCCUGAGGAGGGGGGAGCAGCUGAGCGUGUGGGUGGAGGACUUGUCCCUGGUGGACUACACCCACACCGCCACCACCUUUGGUGUCUACAAACUUUGACUUUCAACCACUUCUUAUUUAUUUCUCUCUAUUUAUUCAUUUCAUUUGUCAACUAAGUGUUGCCUUGGAGGGAACAUUUUUAUUCAUAUUCAAACUUAGUGGCAAAAUUAUCCUUUU